CGGACAUUCUUCAAGUCGAUCGUACAACAUGCCAGCGCACCCCGAGACGUCGACCGCGGAGGAGAGCAGCGAAAUCGAAUCGCGUGUCGUCUCGGCGGACGACGUCAAGAAGGAGCGAAAGACGCGGUAUGUCUACAGGGAAGCGGACGAUAUCCGCCUCCUUCAACAAGUCCUCGGCGACCAAGGUCUCUUCGUUGCCGGAGCCAAGCCUGCCGCCCAGUGGCGCUCUAUUCACCAGUGCCUUUACGACGAAGGAAUCGACGUCUCCCAGCAUAGCCUCAUCCAACGCCUCAAGACCAUAUACAAGACGUUUCUAGACCGGUCCUCGCCGAUAGCAGUUGGUGACAAGGACCCGGUGGACGAGAAGACCACACUUUUGAUGGAGUACCACGAACUUGUUCGAGAGGGCGCAACGGGCAAGCGGAAGACGCGCCAUGUCGAGAUCGCGACCCAGCGCAACGAGGUCGACCGAAUUUUGUCUCGCGACGCUGCCCUUGCGUCGGCCGGCUCGAACGAAGAAGGCGAAGAGGUCCACGAACGUAGUUGUCCGCCCAACCGCAAGGUCGACGCCAACAGCUACCUACAAGAGAUCCUCCGCCUGCACGCGAUGGAGCAAGACGAAGCAACAGCAACCAAAAAACGACGCCUGGCGUUGGAGCAGCGCCAGCUUGACUUUCAGCAAACCAUGUUGGAGCAGCAUCGCAGCUUCCAAGAACUUGUUGAGCAGCAGCGCACCUUCCAGGAGCUCAUCCUCGAGCAGCAAAAAGUAAUGACGCAGCUUUUGCUGCGCUUUGUAGACAAGCUUACCUGACAAUGCAUUACUCUACUAAGCUCGUC